UAAACAAAGUCUUAUAGACACCCCAAUAUAUAUAUAUAUAUAUGCAGUGAUCGUGAUUGCGAUCGGUUCACACAUAAUGCCGCCGCUCCAUCGUGGCACGCGCCUUGCUCGAAAAUCCGGAGGAGACCGAAGCACGUGAGAGAAAUGAGGGACAGAGUUUUGGGUGCUAUAUACAUAGAUAUAGAUAGAGAUCGAAAUAAAGAGAAAGAGAUCGGUUUUGGUUUUUGGGGAGAGAAUAGUGCAUUUAUUUUUAGGAUAACAAUGGGCCCCGAAGAGCACCGGCAAGCGGGCGAGAUAUAUUCAGCGGAUUUCUAUAUUUUCCUCGGGAAAAAUCGAGGAAAAUUUUUCAGUCGAGCGCAUAGAGCAACGCGAGCAAGGCGUCUAAAGGCCAGUGCGCGAAUUAUUUUGUAUAUAUACCGAAUAUAUAUACGUACGCACACAAAUACCCAAAAAUAUCUAUAGAUAUAUGUGCAGAGAUAGCCAACGGUAUAAUUAUAUAUACUCGAAAAUUAUACUACAUAUGGUUAAGAAGAGGGAAAACCAUUUUUCAAUUUGACGAAAAGUAAAAUGUGAAAUUCUAUGUGUGUGUGUGUGAUUGUGUGUGUGUGUCAGCUGGUCAUGAAAAAUUGCAAUAAGAAAAACGGCCAUAAAAGUGAGCAAAAAAAAAAAGAAGAAAAAUAAAGUAAGAGAUAGCAAAUAUCUCGGUGUGUAUCUAUAAUAGUAAUAUCCCGAAAAGAAAAACCAAAUGCGAAGAAAAACACACCAAAUCCCAGCAAAAAGAAUCUUAAGUAGACGGGAAAACGUUGGGUUUUCUUACAGAUACGUAUUUUAGAUUCAGAAUCAGAAUCAGAUUCAGAUUCAGAUUCAUUUGUGGUCUUGGUUUGGUCUCUGCGGCAUCGCUUCCUAGUUCCCAUCCCAUCAUCAUCAUCAUCCCAUCUAUGCUAUUUAGUUUUUUGGGUAAUUUGCAUCGGCUGUUAGUGGAGCAGCCUCGACAUCAGUCCCAGCCCCAGUUCCAGCUCCAGCUCCAGCCCCAACAGAUCCAGAUCCAGCCACAAAAGCAGUAGCAGUCACAGCCACCACCACCGGCACCGCAAUCACAGCCAGGAGAUCCAUCCGCAUCCACAUUCACAUCCAACAGACAUGGUGAUAAGCAAACCUGAUGGUGCGGCGCCCAAUGGUGCGGCGGGUGGAGCGGGCGCCACAUCAACGGCACAGGCAGCUGCUGCAGCUGGCCUCGAUGCCACCGGGAACAGUCUGGCUCAUCCCUCGGGGAUACCGCAGGAUCAAAUAGACAAUAUCAUGAGCGGCAUCGCCAACACGGGCAACGUCAAAAUGAACAAUCACCGCAAAAAGCUGCGACAAAGAUUUGAUAUUAUUAAGAAACUAGGACAAGGCACCUACGGCAAGGUGCAGUUAGGUAUUAAUAAGGAAACCGGCCAGGAGGUGGCCAUCAAAACUAUCAAAAAAUGCAAAAUCGAAGCCGAGGCGGAUUUGGUUCGCAUCCGGCGAGAGGUGCAGAUCAUGAGCUCAGUGCAUCAUCCCAACAUCAUCCACAUCUACGAAGUAUUUGAGAACCGUGAGAAAAUGGUGCUAGUAAUGGAGUUUGCCGCUGGCGGCGAGCUCUACGACUAUCUGUCUGAAAGGAAGGUUCUCACCGAAGAGGAGGCGCGUCGCAUCUUCCGCCAGGUGGCCACCGCUGUCUACUACUGUCACAAGCACAAGAUCUGCCAUCGCGAUCUCAAGCUGGAAAACAUCCUGCUGGACGAGAAUGGCAAUGCCAAGAUUGCUGACUUUGGUUUGUCGAAUGUGUUCGAUGACCAACGUCUGUUAGGAACCUUCUGUGGCUCCCCACUCUACGCCUCGCCAGAAAUUGUGGAGGGUACUCCUUAUCAGGGACCCGAAGUGGACUGCUGGUCUUUAGGUGUGCUGCUCUACACAUUGGUUUAUGGUUCUAUGCCCUUCGAUGGGUCCAACUUUAAGAGGCUGGUGAAGCAGAUUAGCCAGGGUGACUACUAUGAGCCAAGGAAACCUUCGCGAGCCUCCACUCUGAUCCGGGACAUGCUUACCGUUUGUCCAAGGAAGCGUGCCAGUAUCGAGCAAAUCUGCUCGCACUGGUGGGUGAACGAGAAUGAUAAUGUAUCCUGUCUGGACCUGGCCGAGGAUCUAGCCAAUCAGACCCCAGUCCGAUUGGAUGUCCUGCUUUCACUCACACCAGCCACUAUAACGGCGGAUCAGUUGGUGGUGCCAUCAGCGGAAGGGGCAGCUGCUGCCAAGGCGGCGGCAAAUGAACGUGUUCCUCGCUCCCAUUCGGUGGGCUCAAUCCGUGACAUGGGACCACCCAAUACGGAGGCUGAACGCCGAAUUCUGGACAUGGUGGCCGCUGGAGGAGAAGCCGCUUUGAUGCCAUCACCCACCAGGACAAUUACCCCCGCCCAGAGUCCGGUACAGACCAAGAGGAAGCUGCAGCCCACUGUUUCCACAGAGAAUGCAGCUGGAACUACGGCUAAGAAGAAGGAAAAGCCGGCCAAUAGCUCGUUUGUGAUCAGCAAGGAUGGUGUGCCACUGACUGAGGCGCCACCAACCAUUAUCGAACCCCAAGCCACACUCAUGGAGGCGGAAACCAUUGCCAAUAUACCAGAGGAAGUACCGGCUCCAAGUUUCUCCCAGAAAGACAUGCAACUGGUUGGUGAUCUCUGCGAACAGCUUAUGGGUGAUGGAUCCAAUAGCACCGCUACCGCACCGGCAGCUGCCCCACCUGCACCCACACCUGUUGCUCGCCAGGCUACCAGGGGAAAAUUGGAUGCUGUUGUAGAGACACCCGAGGAGAAGGAUGCCACCAAGGUGAUCAAGAAGUUUGUUAACAAGCACAAGACAGCUGAUCUGGUGAAUGCCAUCAAUGAAAGUGCCUCCAAGGCUGCGGUGCCUGUUCCCGCCGCCGCUCCUCCACCCUUUGUGCGGAAGUGCAGCCUGCAGGAUGAAUCCACCCUGAACAAAUUCAAUGCAGAACGUCGGAAAUCACGGAUCUUGGAAACUGCCGAGAAGUUCCAACCACCGCCACCCGUGGCUGCAGCUGCUCCGGAGAAACCCAAGAAGCUCAGCAUACCCGGUGUCAGUGUGGGUAGUUUUAAGAAGGAAUUCGAAAAGAAGGCCACCAAUCCUCAGACUGUAGAAGGUCCCACGCCUGGUGAACUUAGGGCACAGGAGCAGGUUGCUGCGGCAGCGGCGGCUGCCCAAGAAGCCGAAACCUUGAGCACUCCACCACCAUCACCGGUGGUGGCCCAAUCCCUAGAGGCCAGUGAUUCCAAAAACUCAGUGGCCUCCAUUUCACUGGACGAAGCCCGUCGCUCCAUGGAGAACUCCAUUGCUUUGCUGCUGCAGGCCCAAAAUGAAUCCAGCAAGGAGGUGGACCAGCUGUGUGCCCAAACGGAGACCAUUGGAGUUAGUGAGCCUGCUACUCAGCAGGAGCGCGAGCGUAAGUUGAAGAACGCCCGCGCCAUCAUCGGAAAUGCCAUCCAACCAGUGAUACGCAGGCCAACACCGUUUUAUGGCAUCGGCAAUGGCUUUGGCAACGGCAUGGUGGGUGGUGUUAGUGGUUCUGUUGGCGUGGGUGGUGCGUCUCUUAACAAUGCACCCAAGCGUGCCCAGAGCGGCAGCAAUUUUAUGGGCUAUACGGGAGGAAUAUCGCCGGGAACUGGAACGGGAACGGGACAACAACAAGCAACAUCGCCACCGAUUGCGGGACCACAGACGGCGCCGCCAGUGCUAAUAUCACCAAAUGCUAUGGCUGCUGCGAAGCAAACAAUACAGCAAAGGAUUUUCGGAGGUGGAUUGCCCAGUCAAAAUAGUCAAACUCAAACAAGGAGACCAGCUACAUGGCAACCGCAGCCAUCCUACAGCACGGCAAGCAUUUUCCAACCGCCUCAGAGUGCGAGCAGUCCAUUCAAGAUGCUGCAGCAGCAAUAUCAGCAACGUUGCCAGGAGGAUCAGAAGCCAAGUUCCUUGUUUACGCCACCUCCAUCGCCUCAAUAUGCCGCCAGCCAUGCCCUCGCCUUCGCCGGCCAAGCAACCAACAGCAGCAACAACUACGGAAACAACAGCAACAGCAGCAGCAGCAACAACAGCAACAGAUUCAACAGCAGCAGCAACUUAGGCAACUGCAACACGAUGCCUAAUGUCAAUUACAAUGUCAAUUCGCGCACGAGACCAUUCAAUCAUAAUCAAGCUCAAGACACACUCAAUACCAAUGCCAGUGCCAGUGCUACAUGUGCCUUGCCUGCGGCUAUGUGGCUGAAAUCCUCUCCGGGUGCCGAAGGACCUCCGACUCCCCCUGGAGCGGUCAAGACAUCAACGGCUUCGAUUACCCUGAAAUCGGCUACCCUGCCGCGUCGUAAAAUCAACGCCAAGGCGGAGGUCCAACUGGACAUCAAGCCGCGAAUUCCGGAACAAGGUGCACCACCCCAGCCAGCGAUGCGUUUCAGCACUGAGAUGCAGCAUCCGGUGGCCGAUCUGCGCAGUGCCCCGCCACGCGAGGGCCCCAUCCCUUACAGUCCCAUCAAGACGACACUGCAGGCGAGGGCCACUAGCCUGGAGCCCAAGGAGCAUGUCAUCACCAUCCAGCGACCACCCACGCAGCAUGCCUACGGACGGACAAGCUCCAACACAACCACGCGUUCCGGUUCGCUGUCACGGCAGUCGACGGUGGAAUCCGAAUCGGAUGCAACCACCACGGCCACGAACAUGUCCCAGGCCACCAUCACGAGCACCUCGCAGCCCAUCAAGAAGAGUCCGCGGGAGUUUAUCAUCCCGAUUGCCGUCGAGGGAGGUGGCUUUAUUACGCCCAGGGAGCGCAGCGUGGAGCCAUCCGAAUCGAGCCAUACCACCAGCAGUCGAUCCACGUUCACCCGCCUGCGUCCAACGCGUCGACUUGGCUCACUGUUCAGCGAGGCAGGCUUCGAUGAGGGCUCGCCAUUCCAGAAGAUGCGCACCACAUCGAUAACCAGGGAUGGCACCAGCGGAGGCGGCGAGGACGAGGCCCGCUUUACUCCGCACCGACUAAGAAGCUCAAGACCUGUCAAGAAAAUUAGUCAAGACAACGACUCGCAAAGCUCCAACGAGGAGGACGAUGACGACGACGAUGGCUUUGAGAUUCUCACGGCGGAGAAUCUGUUCUCGACUUUGCUGCAGCGGGUGCGGGCCCUAACGAAUCGCCUGAACGUCAACAGUGACCUGACUGUCGGAUUCCCCAGCCAUUCUAGUCGCCUGCUCACGGACAUUUCACGGCAGGCCCAAAGUCAUAGUCCAUUCUGGAGCCAGGGCAGUCCCUUUGCCAGUGUGCUUAGAUCUCAAGUUAGUUAUACGUAUAGCGAAACGGUCGAGAAGAAGAAAGUCCGCCUGAACAGCAGCAAUAGCAGCGGACUGGGAGCUCCGUGGCGGCACAGCAUGUCCCGGGAUCUGGGCAGUGACAUGGAAUCGAUGUUCUCGCGUACGGGCGCCACGCUGCCAAGAGGUCAUCAUCAAGGCAAGGCUAAACCUAGCUCAGCUCCUGCCCAAGGUGAAAAGGGUUCCACCGCGGGAGCAUCAAAGGUCACGGAGAACAAUGAGGAGCCUUUGGAUUUGGCUGAUCUGGAUCUUUCGCGGCUGCGUCUUAGCAAAAAGGACUUGGAAACCUUGUCCAGCAUAACUCCUGGAUUGCCCAAGUGUUUUCAAGAGCAACUGCUGGCCAAGCUGCCGCCCACCCAAGCUCGGAAGUUAUCUCGCACCCUGAGCGUUCAGACCAGUGCACCCAGUAGUUCCUCCACUCCAAAGGUUUACAAGCGUAGUCAGAGCGGCGGAAGGGGUUACCAGCCAGAGCAAAGUCAGCAAGAGGAGUUAUCGGAUUUUAAAACUAAACCACUCACAGAUGCGCCCAAGACAACUUCUGCCAGUACAGCCAUUUACAGGCGGAGCCUUAGUCGCAGUCAGGCGCCCGCGCAAACUUCUGGACAGGAUGCCGAGAGCCGAGCCAGCCAAACGACUAAAAGCCGAAGUAGCAGUGUCUGCCGAGAUGACUAUGGCAAAUCCUCCCUUUGCAGCAGCAGCACCUAUACCAGCGACAUCAGCGAGAAGUACAAAUACUACUCGCCAUACCUGAGCAAGUCCAGCAAUGUGAGUCCAUCGAUGGCAUCAAAGGACGCGCCGGAGAAGCGUUAUAGUGGUGGACUGGGACGACCACCGAGCGGAUGUCUUUCACCUCCACCUCAGUUGCCACAAGUUGCUGCCACUGAAGGCAGCAGUUCCCUGAGGGUUGGUCGGUCUUCGCAACGUCGAAUUUCCCGUUUUUUGCGUCCCGAUUUCUUUGAUGAACCCAAGGAGCGGGAAACCCAAAGCAUGCUUAGGGAAAUUCGUGAAAAAUCCAUUGAUCGCCAGGAUCAGGAGCAGACGCAGACACAGGACUUGAGGCGUCGCAAGCACAGUUUACCCAAUGUGGAACAGACAGAGCAGCCUUUAGAAACUGCACCCAUCAGAUCAUCCAUUAGGCAUUCACGGAAUAAAAGCAUGGAGCUUUUUACCGACGCCGAAUCAAAUGGACAGGUUCAGGAACCUAUCAAAACAUCAACAUCAAGGCAACGCAGUACUUCCAGGGCUCGGGAACUGGAAACAGAACUUGACAAACAUGAACUGGCGGAUAAGAUACUCCAGGAAUUGCAGCUCCUAUCAGCUGUAAGAACCCAACAUGAACAGACGCAGGAAUCUGAGAAAACCGAAGAGACCUCAACCAUAAAAAAGGUUAAAAAGUUUAAACCCAAAGAAUCUACAGCAAAUGAGCCAGAAGCAUCGAAAAUCUCUUCCACGACUACCUCAACUACAACCACUUUGGUGAGGAAAGUAAAGAAGGUGGUUAAGAAAUCAGAUGAUAUCUCUAAGGCAGCUGGUUCGGAGAAUGCUGAUCUGGCUAGCUCUGCUCCCAAGGAAACCAAAUUAAAGAGACCCAAGUCGUACCCCAUGAAAGAUCUUGGAUUGAGCCUCAAGUCCUCCACAGACCUUCCAGAGCCGACUGCCUCACUUCUACCCAGCAAAUUACCCAGCAAGUUGCCUUCUGGUCUCACCAAUGAAUCCGCGGCAGAGCCUGCUCCUCGAGAAAGCCGUCUGAUGAGGCCCAAAAGUUAUCCGGCGACCAAAUUGGCCACCCCCAAAGAUCUGCGUAAAGUAACCCGAAGUGGAGUGGCUAUACCGACAAUAACGGAAGCUAUUCAAACUCCCUCAGUUAUGGCAACUCCAACUAGUUCCAAAUCCACUUCGGAGGAAAAAUCACUAUCAGCCACGCCAACUGGAACCAUGUCCACCGUGACAGAUCCCAAAGAUACGGCAUCCUCUUCCAGCGAUUCGCGACCCACAACUAUUAAGAAGAUCAUUAAGGUGUCGAAGAAGUCCAAGCUAAUGCCACCCACACCAGUGACGCCAACCACACCAACCACAACAGCAACCACCACAGCAAACAAUACACCAGCAGAUAGCUCCAAGGAGUCAAGUCCGGUGAUCAAAGCCAAGUCUCCGGAAAAGAAACCUAGUAAGGGCUUGCUCUACGCUUUGGGCCAAAAGUUUGAGAAAUUGCGGGACUCUGCGAUGAGUAAGGAGAAGAAAGCUAGCUCUACUGGAACCGCAGCAGCUUUGGCCUGCACCCAAAAGCAAGGAUCCCCCGAAGAACGCAGUUCUCCAGAGAAAUACAAGAAGAAAAUUUUAGAUACAGAGAAAUCUGUAGAGCUUGGAGCCACCGAAGACAAACGGGUGGAUAAGCGAUCGCGCUUUGAUACCAUGCUACGCUCCUUGAGGGAGAGAUCCGUACCCAGAUCACAACCCAAUGGACGAGUAAGUCCCAAACGAGCAGCCAGUGUGGAAGAGCUACAUGCAGGAUCCCAAGAACAUCAAGGAAAACAAAGUGGAGCCGUGAAUAAGAUGUUCGGUGGGCUGUUACGCCGCUUCGACAGGGAAAGCAGUGAGCAACGUCGGGUCAGGAGCACACGAUCCACUAGCAACAUUGAACGACAGGUGCGCGAGGAGCAGGAUCGAGUCUUGGAUACUUCGCUACCAACGUCACCCAUCUAUCAGAAUGUGGUAAAGAGCACAAAGGUCAAGACUACUUCAACGCCAGCUGGUGAGGAAAACUGCAACUGCGAGACAGCCUGUCCAGAUUGUCGGCAAAACAAAGGACAGAACCCGACUCCCAGCAGUGCUGCAGCCAACACGUCGACCACAAGCAGCAAGGAGAAGCGGAAAGGGCUGAUGCUCGAUUUGGCUAGCGCCAAUAUAACUGGCAGUGGAGCUCCAAGCUCAGUGACCACCGCAACCACAACCACCACAAGCGGAAGUAGUUACCGAGGAUCCAAGACAAAUCCAGCUUUGCUUAAUGGAAACGGUGGACUGGGAAUGGGAAUUUACUCGAAUUUACCACCCUAUCCAGGAGCCAUAAAGAGUGCCAGUUCCAACAAUAGCUCCAGCCAGCAGUCCGUGGAAAAUGCCACCAACAAUAACUCAACGAAUACCAAUAAUAAUUGCAGCUCGCAAACGUCUGGCUACAGAACCUCAUCGGCUCAUGAAAUCAACCGGAAUAACCCGCUGUUGACGCCCUCCUUCGAGAACAUUGCCAACUACUCCUCAGAUUCGAGAAGCUACCAGGAUGAUUGCGCCUCAACCUCGACGUUCCUGUCGCCCACCGAAGAGCCGGAAUUGUAUUUUGACAAUUGGUCCAUCUGCUCCGAGGACAAUUACAUGUUGCAUGCCACACCCUCGCCCACGGUUUCUCGAUUGUCUAGAGCUUCCUUGUCCUCACCCACACGCUGCUCUGAGAGCUCUGAUCCCAACGAGAGUGUGAUCGACAGGAUCAAGCGUCGCAGCUUCUAUAGCCGUUUCAAUGAGCAAAAGAAACCACGACGCACCAGCAGCAUAGUGGGUCCUUCGGCAGUAAGGGAUUACUAUCGAGAGCAACAGGCGGCGGUUAAGGCACGUUCCAGUCACAAGCUGCAUGCUCCAGACCUGGAACCGCCACCAAGGGCUCAUUCACCGGAUAUAGCCCAACAGUUCUUUAGACCCCUGAAGCUUAGUCCCGUGGGAACAGAACUCAAACCUCCGGUAUACCGGUCAACCAUGGAUUAUUCUGCAUCGUCUGCGGGAGCCACCAGCAAGCCAAGGAAGAGCUUGAAUGACAUUAGAAAUACCUCGCCCUCGUUCCUCAGCAAAAGGUAUGAGACCCCCGAUUAUAGUUCGGUGCCCAUGCGAUACAAGAGCUCCUCCAGUUCGAGUCCGAGUAACGGAGCCAUUGCCAGUGGCUAUUACAACACGUACAAUCCCAAGCGCAGGUCAUCGUAUACGCUUAAUGGUAGCCUGCCCACUGCCACCAGCGGAAGCAGUGCAGCAGGUAGCAGUCACCUGGAUGGCUAUGCCACCCUGGGUAGGAGAUCUAUUCGACCUUAUGAUCAUCGAACAAUGUCCCUGCUAGAGCCACCAACCACAAGUACCAGCCGGAGCGGCGAAGGAGUUUCCUAUCAGAGGAGAGAAGCAAGGACACCUGUCAGAGAUUAUACCUCCAGCAUUUCACGCUCUGGAUCGCGUUACCGCACUUCCUCGGCCACUCGCAGUCCGACAAACAUUUGAUGUUCCACACCGCAGAAUGGCUUCUGCAUCUUCUGCUACUACUCCAAACGGAAGAAGACGAGUCCCGGCCACGGAAUUGGGCACGGACAUGGCCAGGCCAUGAGCACGCCACCCAACACCACCGCCUCCUCGUCGUCCUCGCGUGCCAGCAGCGGCGGCGCCAAGAAGCAACAGCUACAGCCUGCCCCCAUUCAAGCCCAGCAAUCUGGCCACCAUCAUCAUCACCACCACAACGAGCAGCACAAGUUCUAGACUGGCCUCGAGGCUCCUUAAGAUCCGUUCCCAGACACCCAAUACUAUAUACCAAAUACCAAAUACCUAAAUCUACUUAGGCUUAGAGAUUUUUGAUAAUUUUUUAUGUAACUUAGCCAAAGUUAUACUCUAGUGCAGACUUUUGGACGCUGCCUCUAGUCGUAGGUUUGUUGUAGUUCGGAUAUAGCGGAGUUUCAGCCAUAGAUCGUGACUCAAUAAUGCACAUAUGCAUAUAUACGAUUUUCAAAUGAUUGUGCCUUGGUUCCUUCGGCGUUUUUAGAUUUAGCCAAUAGCAUUAAAACGUUGAUUUUAAUCUGUAAGUGUGUAAGCGAAACGAAAGCGGAAAUAGAAUGAGGGAGAGAAACGGAACGGAAACGGAAGUAAAUGAGAGACGUGUUUCACAAUAUAUGUAUAUGUAUUUUCUAUGCUAUUUUUGUGAGGAUACCUCGCGCCGAAAAUGCGUUAAAAUUUCUAUGAAAUAAUUUUAACAAAAAAUUUUUUUGAAUUAUACAGAACUGAUGGAUUGUUUUCGAGAUUUGAAUAGUUUUUAAAUAGGGACAACUUUCGUUUGCUAGGACUAUUGAUGUUAUUGCGAAAUAAUAGAAAAUAUGCGAACUGCGAGCGAAAUUGGAGAGAGAGUGUUAGGUAAAAGUAUCAACAAAUAAUAAGCGAAUUUAACAAAGCAAAUUAACAACAACAAAAAACACGAAAUAAAAAGUAAUAGAUCUAGAGUUUUGGGUAGAAUCCGAAUUCGAAGUUCAAAUUGUAAUUAGAGCGUGAGCACGAGAAAUGUUUUCUAAAAAUAAAUAAAAACUGAACCACCAA